CAUUGCAAGCUUACGACCGCUUCUUCUGGGCGUCUUAAAAAAUAAACAAACGGUGUUGCAGUCAUAGACAGAGGAAAAAAACUGAAGGAAGAGGAGUGAGAGACGGAUAGGAAGGGAGGGGCCAUUAGUUCGUCGGACGAAGCCUAUACCAGUUCACGUUUGAGUUCUCUUCAUCUAUCGUGCAGUGGCUGUCUGAGUGGAGUAUUCAUUUCAUUUGUCUUCCACAUUUUCAAGAAUGGGGAAAUAUGACAUGCCCAGCACACUCGGUGAUCAAAAGUGCAGUGAAGAGAGACGGGAUAACAAAGAUUUUCGAACGAGAAGCGGUCGAGCAAAAGUUCGAAAGUAUGCUAAUCGCCAAGCGUUUCAAGAUCGUCGGAAGCCAUGGACAACCACGAAUGGUGCAACUUGCAAUCCUAAUCAUUUUGAUACCGUGGUGGACGAUCCUACUUUUAGCAUAUCCAGCGAAUCAAAUACAAGUCGCACAGAAUUGAAGAAUUGCAAUAUUCAAACUGGAGAGCCAUCCUUAUGGCUCAGCUGUUCCUCUGUUUGGACAGAGGAUCAACUUAAGAAUAGUAUAGAUGAAUUACUGAGCAACCAAGAAGCAAGCUCGGUCCACAUCAAAACCAUACUAGGAUCAACUGAACAGUCACGCAACUGGUCUGAAUUACCUUCUUCCUGCUUCAAUGCAGCAAUCCUGUACGCUUCAAUGACGACCAACAUUGCGAUGUUACGUUUUUUUCUUCAGCGCGGAGCUAGCCCCAAGGCUGCAGAUUCCGAGCAGAGAACAGCACUACAUUACGCGGCCAGUUCUUCAGCGAUGGUAGCAGCCGACUGUAUCAUUUCACUGAGAGAGUACGGUGCUGAAAUCAAUCCCUGGGAUAAGCUCGGAAUUGCUACGCCGUUGAUUUGUGCAGCAGCCGCAGGAAAUGCUGAUGCGGUUAAAGUUCUGCUUCACGCUGGUGCUGAUGUCAAUGCUGGUUUGGCGGAUCCCAAGUAUCCCGACAGCUCGACACCUCUCGUUUGGGCCGUUCGAGCCCGUAGUGUCGCUUGUGCAAUCCAUUUGCUUGAAGCCGGAGCUGCUGUCAACAGUCCGCAGGCAUAUAGCGAAGCACCGAUACACGUAGCAGCAACUCAAGGAGACACAGACCUGAUGGAGCUGCUCUUGCAGAAAAAGGCAGACAUUCGUGUCCUCUUCGGUCGUGAGCGAAUGAGUGCCUUGCAUUUGGCAGCGGAACGCGGAAACUCUGGUUGCAUUCAUUUGUUGCUGAAUGCCAAAGCAGAUUGUAACACCGUUAAUUUUCGCGGUCAAACACCUCUACAUUUGGCCACGUUAUCACAAUCAGUCGAAUCGGUUGCAGCACUGCUAGAAGCAGGGGCGAGGCACGACAUCUGUGAUAACGAACUCAAAUCUCCACUGCACAGCGCCAUCAUUAAAACCUCACGUUCCACUGAUAUUGUACAUCUUUUGAUCACUGCUGGAGCUGAUAUUAACAGACGCGACAACUUCGGUUGCACACCUCUUCAUCUUGCAGCCAUCAAUGAGAAUUCCAAAGCUGCUACAGUCCUCGUUCAAGCGGGAGCAGAUCUGUCAGCUAAAACAAAAGGCGGAGUCUCUGCUUUGGACUUUCUGGUUCGACGAACUCCGGACGUUCUUGCCACUAUUCCUCGUCGACUCGAUUCCGCUGUGAUACUGGCCGAUCACGAUCCACUUGACCCUGAUUGCGAACUCCAUUUGGACUUUAAAGUUAUAGUGCCUGGUGGAGAUCAGCAACGGGUUGGUGAAACGGGCUUUUUGAUCACUUUAGUGGCAGCUGGACAGAGGCACAUACUUCAGCAUCCCAUCAUAAGAGCCUUUCUUCACUUGAAAUGGUUUAAAAUUCGUGCUCUUUUCAUAGUUUCACUUCUUUUUCAUGCUGCGUUCGUUCUUUCUUUAAGUGCUAACAUUCUUUCAAUCUACGUCGUCCAUCGCAACCGCAACUGUUCGAUAGCCAAUAAUCAGCAACCGUCAGUGGACAAUGAAUCAGAUGUAACGUUGGAUUCAACCCAUUGUCUAUAUCCUCAAUGGCCGUUGUGGUUGCAAGACACUUUUAAAUACUUGAAUUUGGCCUUUGGAGCUCUUUCGUUGGGAAAGGAAUUCUUUCAGCUGCUUCAAACGCCAAGCGAAUAUGUUCGUAGCUCUGAAAACUACAUACAGUGCUUCCUUAUUAUCGGUGUUGUGGCCAUCAAUCUGCCCAAGAAUUUGAAUCACGGUGACUGGCAACAACAUAUGGCUGCAAUCAUUAUAGUAGUGGCUUGGAUGGAACUGAUGAUGCACGUUGGACGAUUCCCAGUGUUCGGCCUUUACGUGCAAAUGUUCACAACCGUCGCUGCAAACAUUGCAAAAUUUUUAACAGCUUACAUGAGUUUAAUUGUUGGUUUCUCUUUGGGAUUAUCUGUCCUCUAUCCUGAUACCGAAUCCCUUGCACGGUUACCAUAUUCAUUGGUGACAACGAUAGUUAUGAUGACAGGCGAGCUAGAGUACAGCAAAUAUUUUUAUGAGGAUUAUAAUCCUACUUAUCCAAUCACUACCCUUGUGGUCUUCUUAGCUUUUCUUCUUUUCAUCGUCGUCGUACUGAUGAACUUACUUGUUGGUUUGGCUGUCUCCGACAUUCAAGGACUUCGCAAAUCUGCUGGACUGGAUCGCUUAGUCAGGCAAACUCGAUUGAUUGCUCGCAUGGAAAGUAUUGUUUUUUCACCUUGGUUGAAUCAACUGCCCUGUUGGUUUGACACACGAGCUAGAAAAUUUAUACAGAGAAAGAUACUCGUUGUCCCUCCUACUCAUCACCGAGUGUACACUGUCAGACCUAACGAUCCACGUGACAAUCGUUUUCCUCCAGAUAUCAAAGACAAUAUAUUGAAAAUUCUUUUAGCUAAACCACACAAGAAAUCCUAUCGGGAGCUUCAUCGUAGUAGUACGAACCAGUCAUCUCCUUUGACUGAAGAAUUAUUCGAUGAGUUGAUGCAAAACGUCCACAGACUGUGCCAUAAUUGCGUGUCACAAAUAGUCCUCAUGAAUAGUUCGGUGGAAAAUCGAUUGUCUAAACUAGAGAAUCAAUGGUUUUCUACGAAAAAACAGUUAGACACGUUGAUAGGAAUACUAACGGAGAAAACACCCUCCACUGGCGCACAGCCACAAAAUGCAAAUUAUCCUGGACUUUCUAGCCAUGAUUUCUAAGAAAAAGUAUUUCGAUGGGGGAGAAAAGCAAAAGAAUUCUGAUUCAACUUCAUCACAAUAUGUGGGGUUAGACUAAUACCGUUAUCAAUACUUGCCGCAUUUUGUAUAGUGGAUUUUCCAGUGACAU